UUCCUGUAUCCACCAAUCAGGAAGGAGCGCCCUAUCUCUCUGGGUAUUUUCCCCCUCUCUCCCGGAGACUCUCUGGUGUUACCGGACACUCGUGGUGCCGAGACCCCCGGAAAUGGCCCCUGGAAGGUGCAGGAACAGAACCACGCACGCUGCAACACCAGCUUAAAGGAUGAGCUGAUGAAUCUCAGCCAAACUGGGAGCAAAACCGGGAGCUCUGGAGCCGACAACAUGGUGCAUGCAACGUCCAAAGAUCAGAAGGAUGAGGUGAUCAUGAGGGCCAACCUUCAGAACAACAACGUACAGAGGAAUCGGAAAAAAAACGAGGACGUCCAGGUCAACCAGGAGAUGACUUCUGCCUCUACAGACACCAAUGACAAUGAGGAGAAAUCAGAGGUACAGUCUAUUAUCGAGUCCACUCCAGAGCUGGACAUGGAUAAGGAUCCAAAAGCCUAUCAGAUGACCAGUACUCCCACCAAAGGCAUUGAGAAUAAAGCCUUCGACCGCAACACUGACUCCCUAUUCGAGGAGCUGUCGUCAGCAGGAACGGACCUCAUCGGAGACGUGGAUGAAGGGGCUGACCUGUUAGGAAUGGGGCGAGAGGUGGAAAAUCUUAUCCUGGAGAACACCCAACUUCUGGAAACAAAGAACGCCCUGAAUGUGGUGAAAAAUGAUCUGAUCGCCAAGCUGGAUGAGCUGAUGUGCGAGAAGGACGUCUUACAGGGUGAGCUGGCCGCCAUCAAACAGACCAAACAGAAGCUGGAGGAGAAGAACAAGGAACUGGAGGAGGAGCUGAAAAAGGCAAGGGCAGAAGCAGAGGAAGCGAGACAGAAAUCGAAAGAUGAAGAGGAUAGCGAUGUACCUACAGCUCAACGGAAGCGAUUCACACGGGUGGAGAUGGCGCGGGUUCUGAUGGAGAGAAAUCAGUACAAGGAGAGACUAAUGGAGCUGCAGGAGGCAGUCCGCUGGACGGAAAUGAUAAGAGCAUCCAGAGAGAAUCCGGCCAUGCAGGAAAAGAAGAGGUCCAGCAUCUGGCAAUUUUUCAGCCGCCUGUUCAGCUCUUCUGGCACUGCUUCUAAGAAACCCGACAUGCCUGUCAACGUCCGAUACAACGCCCCGACCUCGCACAUCACCCCCUCCAUCAAGAAGAAGAGCAGUGCCUUAGCCAAACUCCCCAGCGACAAGUCCAAAGCCUUCGACUUUCUUAGUGAUGAAAAUGAAGCCGCUCUGGCCUCCCGGAGAGAACAGAAAAGAGAGCAGUACCGCCAGGUGAAAGCGCACGUCCAGAAGGAGGAUGGUCGCAUUCAGGCAUUUGGCUGGAGUCUUCCUCAGAAGUACAAACCGCUUGCCAAUGGCGGACAAAGCGAAGGCAAGAUGAAGAAUUUGCCGGUUCCAGUAUACCUGAGGCCGCUGGAUGAGAAGGACACUUCAAUGAAGCUUUGGUGUGCAGUUGGUGUCAACCUAUCUGGCGGGAAGACAAGAGAUGGCGGCUCAAUUAUUGGAGCCAGUGUGUUCUAUAGCGACCUCCCGGGCUCUGAUGUAGAUGACCAGAAGCCACGCAGCGAGUCCCAGAGCAGUUUAGAGAAACUUGAACAAGAAUUGAAGGUCCAACAGAAAGAGUUAAGGCACCAAGAUGAAUUGUCCAGUCUCGUAUGGAUCUGCACCAGUACACAUUCCUCCACCAAGGUCAUCAUCAUUGACGCCAAUGACCCUGGAAAUGUGUUGGAUACUUUUAUAGUUUGCAACUCCCAUGUACUGUGCAUCUCCAGUGUGCCAGGAGUUAUGGAAACUGACUACCCCACAGGAGAUGCUACCAAACUAGAUGCAGACUCUGGGCAAGCGGACAAAUCUUCCUUAUCCGAGAGUCUAGUGAGCAGUAGCUCUUCCUCAGAGCAGCCAGUGGGGGGCGUCAAAGUUACUGUUGCCUCUGUGGAGGAAUCUGAGCCCCUCUCGCCACAAACCGCCAGUGUUCUCUCCAGCGAGGCAGAGUGCAAUCCAGCAGAUCCCGACUCCACCAAUACUGAGCUGGAUGAUAAUGUGCCCACGGCGGAGGAAGCCACGGAGGCCACAGAGGUGGGAGAUGUCAGUACAGAUGACGUGGCAGAUAUUCAGGCCGGGAUCUAUACAGAACAUGUCUUCACUGACCCUCUAGGUGUACAGAACACAACUGACGACUCUGGCUGCCAGCCUAGCAGCAACGAGUCGGACCUGUACAAAGAUGGAGUGGCGACUCUUCCCAACGAGCAGGACCUGAUGAGAGAGGAAGCGCAAAAGAUGAACAGCCUGCUGCCGACAAUGUGGCUGGGAGCACAAAAUGGACACCUGUACGUACACUCGUCUGUCGCCCAGUGGAAGAAGUGUCUGCUCCAGAUAAAACUGAAAGAUUCCAUUCUCAGUAUUGUCCAUGUGAAGGGGAUUGUGUUGGUGGCACUGGCUGAUGGGACGCUGGCGAUCUUCCACCGAGGAGUUGAUGGCCAGUGGGAUCUAUCCAACUAUCACCUCCUCGAUUUUGGCCGUCCUCACCACUCUAUCCGAUGUAUGACGGUAGUCCAUGAGAAGGUCUGGUGCGGAUACAGGAACAAAAUCUACAUUGUGAAUCCAAAGACGAUGAAAAUUGAGAAAUCUUUUGAUGCUCAUCCGAGGAAAGAGAGCCAAGUGAGACAGCUGGCUUGGAUCGGUGAUGGUGUUUGGGUUUCCAUCCGGCUCGAUUCAACGUUACGGUUAUACCAUGCACAUACCUACCAACAUCUGCAGGAUGUGGACAUUGAGCCCUACGUUAGCAAAAUGCUGGGCACUGGAAAGCUAGGAUUCUCCUUUGUUAGGAUAACAGCCCUGAUGGUGUCUUGUAACCGGCUGUGGGUGGGGACCGGGAAUGGUGUCAUUAUAUCCAUCCCCCUGACUGAAACCAACAAAGUCUUGCCUGGCUCCGGGAAUCGUCCAGGGAGCGUGAUCCGAGUCUACGGCGAUGAGAACAGCGAUAAAGUGACCCCCGGAACGUUCAUACCGUACUGUUCUAUGGCACAUGCGCAGUUGUGUUUCCACGGUCACCGCGAUGCCGUCAAGUUCUUUGUUGCAGUACCAGGUCAGGUGAUUUGCCCGUCCAGUGGUGGCACGCCAGAUGCAGUCGGAGAUAAAAGUGCCGCCGCACAACAGGAGCUGAGUAAUGCUCAAAAGUCCAUGUUGGUGAUGAGCGGAGGAGAGGGGUACAUCGAUUUUAGGAUGGGCGAUGAUGGAACCGACUCUGAAAAUCUAGAUGAAUCUCUACCAUUCGAUCCCUCCAUGGCCAAAGUGGAGAGAAGCCACCUCAUCGUCUGGCAGGUUAUGUGCAAUGGCAGCAGCGAGUGA